AUGCAGCAUCAGAACCCUGCCAGCACACGCGGUGCCCUGCUCCUUGGCUCGGCCCAGACGAACAGUGACUUCAGGGAGCGAGUGACGAACCUUCUCCCUGGGUAAAGCAGCUGCAGAGAGGAGAACAAUGCAGAGGAGACCGGGGCGAACGCUGGCAGCGGGGGAAAGGCAUUUGCAGCUGUGGGGGAAUUCCCCUGGGUGGUGUCGAUACAGGACCUACAACACAACCACCUGGCCUUUGGCUCCAUCCUGAGCGAGCACUGGAUCCUGAGUGCUGCAUCCAGUUUUCAGACAAGGCAUCCGGCUUUCGCCGAGGUUGGUAUAACAGAUCGGAACAUGCAGAGGAAGCCCCAGCCCCAGUACUCAAUCAGCACCAUCAUUCCCCACCAAGACUUCAACGCAAUCACACUGGACAAGAACAUUGCCCUGCUGAAGAUGGCCACCCCCAUAGAGUUCAGUGAUGCUGUUCUGCCCAUCUGCUUCCCCAGCAGGAACCUCACCGCAGCCACCCUGGAGAACUGCUGGGUGUCAGGGUGGCUUCACCCCACUGCAGGAAGACGCACGGCAGCGAGCUUUCUAAGGAAGCUCUCAGUAGUGGAUGUGGAUCCCUGCCCCUUGAAGAGAAUCGUUACGACCGAGUGCAGCAGCCACCGGGACUCCGAUAACGUGACAGGAUGUUUGGGGGACCCAGGGAACCCAGUCAUGUGCCAGGCUAAGGGAACUGGAGACUGGGUUCUGAAUGGAGUGCUGAGUCAGGGCGGCAUGAGAUGCUAUGGACCAUUUCUCUACACCAAAGUGGCCUAUUACAGCGACUGGAUUUCAGCCACAACAGCUGAUGCAGGAGUCCCCGUAUAUCCCACGUUUGCCAGAGGGCGCUCCGCUUUUCAAGCUCCGACUGAGGAUUUGGGAGGGUCGUUUGAGUCAGCAGAGAAGGUGUUUCGAUCCUCAGUCAUCGCAGAAGCUGGGUCUGACCGUGGCCAAGCCAAGCAGCGACCGAAGGACAUCCAGCCCGCCCAGGAAGGGCUAGCCAGGGCUUACAGCAAGUCUGACCCAGUGUACUAUGACUACUACAGUGGGGAAACGCUCCCCAUUUCUCAGGGGAGCUUACAUCUGCCGCAGAUCCCCACGGAAAUGAGCGCUGUUUUCCUUCUGCUCGGGCUCCUGUUUAGAUGA